AUGCCUUCGGAAACUAUAUGGUCCAACUCAGGAGGGGGCACCACGCCUCCCUAUAGAACAGUCCUCGACCAGGUGGACCCGUCGGUGGCCAAGUACUUUGCUGACAACGUGACACCUGUUGACGGUAGUGCCAAUGGACGUAGGUUCCUGUUCAACGAUGGCAGUGACAUCGACCACUCCAUUUUUGGCUUGAAAAAGGGUUCGUUCCUGGCCAUUACUGCUCCAGUGGGCCCUACGGUCUAUAGUCCAGUGAACAGUGGGCAGGCACCUUCGACUGGGUCGGGCGCCGGUGGUGCUGGAGGUAACUCUCGAAUGAACUUCGGUGCAGCUUCAAUCUCCGGUGGUAUAGCGAACAGACACCCACCUCAGGACAGCUUCCUUAGAAAGUUUCAGUCUGUUGCGGACGCAACUAGAGACAUUGAAUUGGCAAGCGGAGUCCAAGGUAUCAGCUUGAAUGACGUGCAAUCACAGUCUCAUACUCAAUCCAAACCACCCCAGCAUAGUCAGAGACAAACUAAUGACAGAAGAACCAGCUUCAAUCAUCACGAGCCGUUGGCAGAUGUGUUGAGCUCUCCACCUGGCUCGCUUAACGAGAAUUUAAACGCUUCGAGAAAUUCGAGACAUCAGUCUAUAUCUGAGAAGAUUGACAAUUACAACAAUAAUUCUCCAAUCCAGGCCACUGCGGUGAUGUCCUCGCCACCCCAGACUCCUGCCCAAGUUAACCAUCAACAAGGCAAUUCCUCCCCACAUGUAAACCAUGAGCAGCAUUUCCAAAAAGCUGGUGCCCAUGGCCAGCCUGGGAAUGGCCAAAACUUUUGGAACCCUGCCACUGCCACAUCGUUCAUCCCAGGUAACUAUUUUAUGGACAAUGGGUUUUAUGGAAGAGGUAACAACAACGUUCCAAUUGGAAAUCCACCGCCAUUUAUGAUGCCUUCACCUCCUCCACCUCAAUUCAUGGAUCCUAGUAUUUAUGAAAUGAUGUAUCCGAGACCACCACCUCAAUCUGGUGCUGGAAAGGGAGUAAAACUGGAAGGAAGCGAGGAGAAGGGAGAUGAAAAUGGAAAGAGUGGUAACAAUACUCCAGGAAUAGCUGGUAUUGGAUUGAUGAAUAGAGGGGGGCCUGGCUUUAUGUUCCCUCAAUUUAAUCCGUAUAAUAUGUAUAAUCCAAAUGCAAAUAAUGGUAACGGGCUCCAAGAGAAUACUUCUGUGAACGAGCAAAAUGGGAAGUUUGAGGCUGAUCAAGGAAGAAAUUCACCUUUGCCCCAGCAAAAGUCUCCUAGUACUAACAACGGAGGAAAGAAAACGAAAAAGAAUGCUGCAAAUGGGAAAUCUGCAACUUCUGCCACAGGCUCUGGAGGCUCUGGACCUUCCAACGGAGGUAAUGGAACUAGCUCUUCUAAUGGAGGAGGUGGGGGCCAUAUAUACCGAUCUCCACUUUUAGAAGAAGUCCGUUCAAACUUCAAAGGAAAGGAAUAUUUUCUCAAAGAUAUCUACGGCCAUGCCAUCGAAUUCACCAAAGACCAACAUGGUUCGAGGUUCAUCCAACAACAGUUACCUUCAGCAACAGAUGAAGAAAAGGAAGUCAUUUUCAACGAAAUAAGAGAUAUAUCGUUUGAAUUGAUGACGGAUGUGUUCGGUAACUAUGUAAUCCAAAAGUAUUUUGAAUUUGGUUCGAAAACACAAAAGAAAAUCUUGCUCGAGUACAUGAUUGGUCAUAUUUAUGAUUUAAGUUUGCAGAUGUACGGUUGUAGAGUCGUUCAAAGAGCAUUAGAAGCUAUUGUAUUGGAAGAUCAAAUUAGAAUCAUUGAAGAAUUAAGAGACUACGUUUUAAUUUGUGCUAAGGAUCAAAAUGGUAACCAUGUUAUCCAAAAAUCUAUUGAAAGAAUCCCAUUUGAACAUAUUACAUUUAUUUUGGAAGCUCUCGAUAAUCAAAUCUAUCACUUAUCUACUCAUCCAUAUGGAUGUAGGGUUAUUCAGAGGCUUUUGGAACACUCAAAGGAAGAAGAUCAAACAAAGAUUUUACAGGAAUUGAACAGAUUCAUCUUCUACUUGAUCCAAGACCAAUAUGGUAACUACGUGAUGCAACACAUCUUGGAAAGAGGUAACCCCAAAGAUCGUGAAGAAAUUUUAAAGAUCGUUUUGGGAUCCGUUGUAGUUUUCAGUAAGCACAAAUUCGCUUCAAAUGUUAUUGAAAAGUGCAUCAAGUUCGGAAGUCUUCAACAGAGGAAGAGAAUAUUGCAUGAAGUCAUGAUUGAUAAUGAGAGUUUGGAUGGAGAAGUUAGUGACACAAGCCCAUUGGCCUUGAUGAUGAAGGACCAAUAUGCAAAUUAUGUCAUUCAAAAAUUGGUGGAAGGAUUUGAUGCAAAGAGUGAUGAAAAGAAGUUGCUAGUUUUGAAGUUAAGACAGUACUUGAAGCAAAUAUCCAGUAAAAAUACCUACGGUAAGCACCUUGCAAGUGUCGAGAAGAUGAUAAUUGUCGCAGAAACUGCAUUGACUGAACCUUGA